AGUCUUUGUCUUCUCUCCUGCCCGCAGUCCGGCUCUGAGACAGCGGAGAGCGCAGCCCUCCAACAAGGCAAGGAAAAACCUGGAACGGCUGAUGUUAAAGCGGGACGACUUUUUUUUGUUCGGGAAAGGAAAAGCUCACCGACGGAAGAACGACCUCGAGGAGCUCGCGCGCGGGAACAGGAUCAAAAACACCUGGAGUUCUGAGAGUCUUCCCACCUUUCCAGAUCCAAAAUGAGCUGGAGCUUUCUGACCCGUCUACUGGAUGAAAUUUCAAACCACUCCACCUUUGUGGGCAAAAUCUGGCUCACCCUCCUCGUUGUGUUUCGCAUUGUGCUAACAGCUGUUGGGGGCGAGUCGAUCUACUAUGAUGAACAGAGUAAAUUUGUGUGCAACACAAAUCAACCUGGUUGCGAGAACGUAUGCUACGAUGCCUUUGCACCACUGUCACACAUUCGUUUCUGGGUGUUUCAGGUCAUCAUGAUCACUGCGCCCACAGUCAUGUAUUUAGGCUUUGCUAUGCAUAAGAUCGCCCGCAUGGAUGACAGUGACUACCGGCCCCGGAACAGGAAGAGGAUGCCUAUAGUAAGUCGUGGUGCCAACCGGGACUAUGAGGAAGCAGAGGAUAAUGGGGAGGAGGACCCCAUGAUCCUGGAGGAGAUUGAGCCCGAAAAGGAAAAGGAGGUGCCAGAGAAGCCCAGCAAAAAGCAUGAUGGACGUCGACGUAUCAAGCGAGACGGCUUAAUGAAGGUCUACGUGUUUCAGCUUCUCUCACGUGCCAUCUUUGAGGCUGCCUUCCUGUUUGGACAAUACAUUCUUUAUGGACUGGAAGUGGCACCAUCUUAUGUAUGCACACGCUCACCUUGCCCCCACACCGUGGAUUGCUUUGUGUCACGUCCUACUGAGAAAACUAUCUUCCUCCUCAUUAUGUAUGGCGUUAGCGCCUUGUGUCUGCUCUUCACAGUUUUGGAGAUCCUCCACCUUGGCAUCAGUGGCAUUCGUGACUGCUUUUGUACACCACGGUCUCGACCUCCCACUCCCCGUCACUUGGCUCUGGCCAGCCAGAGGUCCUCCAUCUGCCGCCAACCAUCUGCCCCACCUGGCUACCACACAGCUGUGAAGAAGGACCCAUCUGGAAAAAUGAGCUUCAGAGAUAACCUGGGGGACUCGGGUCGUGAGUCAUUUGGAGAUGAAGCUUCAUCAAGGGAGCUGGAGCGGCUUCGUAGACACCUGAAACUGGCCCAGCAACACCUGGAUAUGGCGUAUCAGGCUGAAGAGGGCAGCCCGACACGCAGCAGCAGCCCAGAGUCUAAUGGCACGGCGGUAGAACAGAACAGGCUCAACUUCGCUCAGGAGAAGCAAAGCAGUACACGUGAGAAAGGUCUCCGUGCGUAGGUGGUUACUGGCCCAGCUGAUACUGUGGAUUAGGUUCACAUCAGGGACAGAGUGGACACAAAGGGAAUCUUACAUGGAGCAGGUGUCUGUGUGUGCGAGUGUCUAUUUGAAGGAUGGAUGAAGUCAGGCUGAGCCUUUUCAGUGUUAAUGGCCAAUGGUCAGAAUGGAUAAGGGGAAUGGUGUCCCACCCAUCCAGAUAAACUUGAGCUCAUAACUUGUCUGAAGAUCCAAAGUGCUUACAAACUUAGGUUGACAUGUAAGUCUACCUCAGGGAAGCUAUUCUCCCUUUUUUCUUCUUUUUUAUACGUAGGUCUUAGUUAUGUAAAAAAUUGCAGUGCAUGCAUCUCGAGUUGACCUUGGAUCCAAACUGGAACUUGUGGUAUUUUUAAGCCAAACAAACCAUAGUGUGGAAAUGAUAAAUUAUAAGAGUUCCGUCUUGUUUGGUCAGUGAAUCUGAGAGAUUUUGUAGAUGCAUAUGAAAAGGUCAUAGUACAGAACAUUCCUGAUUGUGUUUUUGUGUUAUUUUUAUGAAGGUACUAGAGUUACUGGUGUACGGACGGAGAUGUUAAAUUUCAUACAAAGGUUUUUUUCAAGUGUGUCCAGUUUGGACAUUGUUUUUGAUUUUGACUGACAUGAGAUGCAGACUUGGAGACGUAACCUCAGUUGUUUUUGUUUAAUUAGGGGUGGCAUUGCGCCAAACAAUUCUUGUGCCCGGUAUGGUGACUGGAACACAUUUGCAGUGCCUUCGUCCAAAGGAAUAAACAAACCUGGAUAAUGCUUGAAAAACAUGUAACUGAUAUUGUAUUGUUUAAACAUGUAUUUGAAACUGUUCUUUUAUUAUUAAUGUUUAUUUUGAGUAUUCUUAUAUUGGGCAGAUGCUCUUGUCACUGUGGCAAACACUUUUGUUUCAUAGAAUGUUCACUGCUGUCUUAAGUUCCAUCAAGACCAAUUUGAUGCAUAAUGUUUUGUUACAUCAGAUGCACUUCACUGGUUUCAACAAUUUGAGAAAUGCAAUUUAUUACUCCAUAACUUGUUCUUAUUACUUACACAGUGCCAUCACAAGCAAAUGUUUAUUUAAAAUAUAAACAGGCUUGUUUAAACUAUUUACUCGAUAAAAGGAAUACAGGUAAACCUCGUUAACUCGCUUCAGUCAUGUUUCGGCUUUACUCACGGUCGAUUCGUGGACCCCAAAAAUUUAGACUAUUGUAUGAAAGUCCAUUUUGAUUUAACUGUUUUUGGAAGGGAUCAUCACUGCAGACGAUUCUGGACGAUUUCGUCUUCCUACGCCGGCUGCUGCAUGUCAGUGAUGAGGGCAGACGAUUUGAAGUUUAUGGAUAUGAUUCUUUAGAUCCUUACUGCCGGUUCAAAUUGGGCUGGAAUUUACGUGCGGUAGGCGAUGAAGAAAUCAUUUCUGUGGCAGGUGAUGAAGAAAUCAUCACCAUCCAGGAAGGAAUUGUGCUUCAAAUGGUCAAAACUGUUGUAAUAUGGCAAGAUAAACUGAUUUUUAAAGGGUUUUUUUUGCUUGUUUGUUUUUUGGUCAACCUCUAACUCGUCUGAUUUUUUUUUUUGUUUUGUUUUUUUUUGUGGACCCCAACUUGCACGUGUUAAUGAGGUUCACAUGUAUGUUGAUGGUCAAUGUCUUAAAAGUGCUGAUUUUUGUGGAGGGUUUCAUGCUGUUCGAGCAUCAGAAAGGGUUGUAAACUUGUUGCAUUUUAAUGUGAAUUCAAUGCCUUGAAUGCGCUUGACUAUGCCAUCUUUUGUAUUCACAACCAUACCCGCAGAGCCAUGAAAAGUGCCAACUCCAAUAUUGUCAAACUAGGUAUUUUUGAACGGUGGUUUUUCUACUUUUUCUACUUUUUAUAUUGAUAGUACUUUGUGGUUAGUUUCUAAAAUAAAGAAGAAAAAAAAUCA